CUAAAUCUCCUCAUUUAGCUAUGAAGGAAAUCAUUUGCCAUCCAUCCACCCCAUCAAAUAAAUCAGACAAUUUGAACAGAAAGAGUGCGAGGAAGAAGAUACACGUGCGGUUCACACCCUUGCCGCCUCAACAAGGAAGUAAGGAAGGCUCGGGCUCGGUCGAGCCCACAGACACGGACACUGACGGCCAGGGGGAGGAGUCCUGUGUGGCUCAGCUGACCCAGGAGCACCAACCUGUGGCUGUUGUCCAGGCCAGCCCACGGCCCCCCUCAACCCCCACGGCCUCUGGUGCCUUCCUGGUGAGGAACAAGCCUGUGGUGUUUCACAGUAGCAGCGUGAGGCUACCGAGGAGCACCAGCCAGCAGAACCUUCCGGUCUACAAACUCAAACUGGACACAGAGAUUGGGGUGGAUGGCAUUGACUGGGAGAGGUUGAGGAGACAAACGUAUCUGUGGAAGAAACACAACCUGCCGGCCUACUGUGACAGGGAGAGGCCCGCUGCACUCAGAGGGGACACGACUGUCUGCCCGCAAGGCUUCGGCUUGUACCCUGUCCCCAACACCCCUGUCUACAACCACCCCAAAAGCAUUCUGUCCACAGGUCCGUCUUUGUGGCGCAGUACGGACAGCAUGGAAGGCAUUUGUUACGACCACGGUGGCGUCGUGCCACCAGAGUCCACAUACCUCUCGGACUUAUCGAACAGUGGCCUCAAGUUGUGCGACAGCCCCAGCCUCUGUCAAAACCUGGACCAAGCCAUGGAUACUGAUGGUCUCAGGGAUUUUAGCAUGAGCAGUCGGGGAAGCAUCGCCCCCCAAAACUCCAUGAUCCUCCAGGACCCAGCCGUGGAGAACAAAUGUUCAGAAGAGGGGGGGGCUGGGUUUGGGAUGGAAGGAGACGGGGGUUCGAAUCCCGGGGCUCCGGAGAACACAAGCUCAAGCCCAGAGGACCAGGGCUCCGGGCCCUCGGCCCUCCUGCCCCCCCCACCGCCCUGCAGUCUCAGCUCUGAGACCUGUGGAGACGGGUGAGAGACAAGGAGACACUCACCCCACUCGCCCAACCCCCAAGGCUGGCUCCAGCUGCAGAAUGUUCUCAUGGAGCUCACAAUGAUCCACACCUGUCAUUCGAAACCAUUCUUCCAUGUUAGAUAAAUA